AUGUCGUCGCGCCAGCCCAGGUUCAACCAGCAAGCCCUCAUCGACACCACCCCUCUACCCGACGACAUCCCCAAGGUCAAGGAGCUCGGAGCCAGUUCUGCGCCCCUCCUCAGUGCCUCGUUCUUCAUUGGCGCGCGAUGCAAGGCCUACAACGAUGACUACAUGAUGUGCAAGACCGAGGCCAACGGCCGGGGAGAGUUUGACUGCAUGAAGGAAGGCCGCAAGGUCACCAGGUGUGCGGCUAGCGUUAUCAAGGACAUCAACGAGAACUGCCUGGAACAGUUCCGCACCCACUGGCAAUGCCUAGAGAACCACAACCAGCAGCUCUGGAACUGCCGGUCAGAAGAGCGCAAGCUCAACAAGUGUGUAUUCGAGAAGUUGAAAUUGGAGAAGACGAUACCAGAUGCGCCAAAGGGCGAGACCCCAGUCCACCUGCGCACACGCAACAUCUUUGCGACCCACUGA